AAAUAGAAAGAUCUCUCUCCCUUCCGUUAGAGAGAUCGAUUUUGAAACAAAAAUCUUUAAAAUUCGAAAUCUGCUAUGCUUCCUCGUACGCAACCGCAUGAGUAGGAAUGGCACAAGAGUAUAAAUAAGGCCUCGUUUGUUCCUAUGGCAGCAUCAAAAUACGAACCACAGCGCAACAACUACGGUAAGAGAACGAUAUCCAUCAUUAACGAUUAAGCACAACAUAACAAUGGGUAAGAAGACGUACUUUGAAUUUUUAGAAGAGGAGUUUCAGGUCUUAGCGAGCCAGCUCCAGACCAACCUGGCCACGAUCGCAUCCGAUGAACGCUACGACAACCCGGAUGCCCCGCGAGCAGUAGCAAAGGCGUCCCAGCAAAUGGCUCGAUGCCGUGCUGUCCUCCAGCAGCUCCAGGUUGAAGGCAGAAACCAACGCGACUUUUCGGACCGAGUUCUGCUCUACAAGAUUCAGCUGGAGGCGCUCAAGAUGGAACACGAUCGGCACAGGUAGAGCUGUUUUACGACGUUGUUGUUUCUCCCGAACGAAAAGAACAAGUGAAAAACGUUGCCACCAAUUAGGGUUUGCGCUAUCCUGCUCCCCCUUAAAAUAUUCGGGAACCAAAAUAUUUACGAAUUUACGAUGUUGAAAUUACGAUGUGGGGGAAAUGACAUAUCCCCCAUCUCUGAGGCUAACAUACGGUACAUUCACGAGUAGGCACCCGCAUGGUACAUGGUACAUGGUACGUACUGUUACGUACAGAGAACACAUUCUUCAACCAUGUUCUACGUACGGCAUCAUACAUAGAAAUAGCCCAGUUACCGUACGAUAAGAGGCUCGUUCCAGUACCAGUCACUGGACUCUUUUUGGAAUUUAUUGAUUCCUGUUGUGGUUUCGUUCUGCAGAACAUUGAUUUCGCAUCAGGACGCCAUCGGCAUCCCUUUUGAUUUAACUUUCUUUCAUUUGAUUUGAUUACAAACCAGUUUCUAAUUCGUCAAGUCGAUUCAUUAAGAUAGAAGCGCUACGAACUUUCAGAAGAAAAUGGGUAGCGAGCAAAACAACAGCAGUACCAGUUGCACGAAUCACCACCAUGUUCACCAGGAUAGCGAAACUUCGCCUCUUCUUCUAGCUUCACCAUCGACGACAGAUAACGAACUUCGAGAAGCACCGUCGCGGGGCAUGAUAUCUGCGGCAAAACAAAAGGGACGGCUUUUGUUGCUAUUGGUAGCAUUUCUUUACGGCUCUUUGUCUGUGAGCCUGCGAGCUGUCUACGCACGCCCUGGACCGCCGGCUCCGAGCAUUUUGUCGGCCACACGGGGAUGGAUGUCGGUCCUUUGCCUCUGGCCCAUUGCGGCCUUGCAAUCGCCGCCGGUGACCAACGGCAGCCCCUCAACGGAAAUCUACUCCAAGGCCUCCUUCUAUUGGUUUGCCUUUGAGCUGGCCGUCUUUAAUUUCGGUACACAGGGCCUCCUCAACAUUGGCCUGGUCACAACGGCAAGCGCUCGGUCUGCCUUUUUCACCCAGCUCAGUGUGAUCAUUACGCCCAUUUUGACGUAUUGCAUUGGACGCGUACGGGGAAAGCAGAUUUUGGUGGAGAAAAAGGUCUGGUUUUCCUGUUUUGUGGCGCUGCUGGGUCUCUACAUUUUAUCUUCGGACAAGAGUGGUGGCAGCAAUAGCGGCAGCAACGAAAGCACGCACCCUAGCGUCGGUAAUAAUGCACUCCAUGUUUUUUCCUUUGGUGACUGGUGCUGUUUAGGGUCGGCGUUUUGUUGGUCGUACUAUAUCUACCGGCUGAGUGAUUGGGGGGGUCGCUACGACGAGACGCAAACCAUGCUGAUUAAAAACAUCUUUAUGGCCAUUUUGUACACGCUGUGGACGGUCGCGUCGUACUUUUACGCCAACGAAUGCAGCAGCAGCGGCGACAGCGGCGGUAGCUUUUGCUUAUGGGAGGGUUGGAGGGAUCCAAUAUCCAUGGUUGUAUUGUUCUACACGGCCGCCUCCUCUGGGGCCCUGUGCGACGUUUUGCAGCAAACCGCUCAGUCUAUCGUUCCGGCGGCCGAGUCGAACGUUCUCCUGUCGCUCGAGCCGGUCUUUUCGGCGCUCCUGGCAAUGAUACUCCUGACCGAACUGCCUUCUGCUCAUGAAUUGAUUGGCGGUGCAUACAUUAUUGGGGCCUCAUUGCUAUCGUCGAAUUAAUUGCACGUGUCCUGGUAUAUAAUCGUAGCAUCAUAUUACGUUCUAGUUUGUGCAAUUCAUUAAGAAGGACGAAAUUAAUUUGCAAUUAAAAA